AUGUUAUUCCAGGUCGUCAAUUCACCGCAACCUGUCAUAGUUGAUUUUCACGCUGACUGGUGCGGCCCCUGCAGAACGCUUGGUCCUCGACUUGAGGAAAAGGUGUAUGGACGAAAUGGUGCUGUAUUAAUGGCGAAGAUCAAUGUGGAUCAAGCUGGUGAACUUGCAAUGGAUUACGGUAUAACUGCAGUGCCCACAGUGAUGUCAUUCAAAAAUGGAGAGCGUAUAGGAAUGUUCACCGGUGUCAUCGAUGACGAACAAAUUGACGAUUUCAUCGAUGAUGCUAUAAAUCAAUAG